AUGAGCAAUGAUCCAAAGACGUCUGAUGCGGGGCGCGAAACGCCUCUUCCACAAUACGAAAAGACCCAAUCGGUGCCGUUCACUCUCAAUCUCCAAGAAGAUGCACGCAAUCCUGGCCAAUUCCAGCUCGUCUUCAACCUGGGCCCGAAACAACAAUCGUCUAUCGGUGUGCCUCUGAGCUGUGCACCUAAUGCUGCCGCGUCUACGACUCUACGAGAUGGCUUGAAGUCUAGUGUCGAUAGCUCAGUUCCUCAAAAGACGAGUCCGCCAAGCACUCCUCUCCACGAUAGGCAAGGCUGGGCCGACCUGGACAAUGUGCCUCCUGACUUUCUCAAAAAGGUAGUGCCGGACUGGAAUGUGUCUUUCUCGCGGAGCGACUCAACGGCUUCCACCCAAUCCAAACGACUUACCGACAUCAAGGCCAGGAUCAAGAAGAAAGGAAAGGGUUACGUGGUGCGCUUGUUGAAAGGCUCAACCGAUUCGAACGAGAUUGCCGAAGUUGAUUUGGGUCAAGCGGUUGGCUCAGAACGGGUCUUUGCGACUCCAGAGCUUGACUCGGCGGCUCUGCCUGCGGAGCUGUACUCUCCCCCUUCAGCUGUUGCAUCAAAUACCGACAGUCUUUUGGGUCGCGACGAUAUCUUCGAGAUCGGUACUUCCAACACAUCAGGCAUCCAACGAUCACCGCCGUUCACGAUUCCACCAAGGAGUCAUCUGUCGCGCAACAGUCUAGCCCGGACUUCGAUUGCAGAGGAUGGCUUCAGUGAUGCUGAGACUCUGAUACCAGACAUCCGCUCGAUAUACGACCGUAUGGAUGAAGAUCAGACUGAUGCAGAACCGUCGUCUCAGACCCCAUCAAUGUUUCCUACCCGGUCAGCCUCAGUGUCCAGUAUCGUGAAGACGCCAACCCGCGGUUUGUCACUCGUUGGGCCUGUACGAAAGGGUGUCGAGAAGAAGAAGACGCGUGCCCGUGUGAAAAGCCGAGCGGCGAACCUAGACCUCAAACGAUCGGAUGCUCGCAAAUCCGUCAAGCGUCGCGUGGGACAGACAACCUUUGUAUCCGAUAGUCAAGUUGUAGAGGAUUUGGUGAACUCGACUACUUUGCGGGAACGCAUCCGUCCGGUGUCUCGACAGUCAAGUGGAGUUGAUAUAGCGGCUGAUGAGUAUGCCACCUGGUCGCAACCAGUGCGACAUACGAGUGCGGCCAAGCCGCGGCAUCUCCGCCAUGCAUCAGCAGACGACCUGCAUGUCCCUUCUCGGCCCAAACAUGGUUUACGGUUGAACACCGACGUGCCUCAGACCAAAUCAGCUCAUGUGUCGCCAGCGACGCGCCGCAAGAGAUCACCUAGAAUACGGAAGCACGCAUCAUCCUCUUCUUCGUCAAUAGAUACUGAGGACGCUAAUGCACUGCUAUCAACCCAGUCAGCAGGAGCGAGUCGCGCAGAUGAACUCCGCGAAGCACUGAGAAGAGCUUUAGAUCAAAUCGAGUCGAGAAACGACAAUCUUGACGAGGAAUUCGAAAGGCCUGCAGUGCCCACCAUCGUUGAGCCACCAAUUGACGAUCAUGUCGGCGAGAUACCGCUACCUCCGGAAGCGGAAAUACGGACGGCAUCUUCUGGGGGUCAAAACACAACAUUGAGAUACUGGGGUCUUGCAUUGAGCAGCGAUCCUUCCAAGUAUAGCCCGUCCCGUAUCGUCGCCAGCAACCCCUUCAGUGUCCGUAUGCCGUCCUUUGUCCAAGAAUCCUGGCUCCUGACCUGUGCGAACGAAGGCCGCCUAACACCCAAGAUCGUCCAUCUCGACGUCAACGAAGGGCGCGUAAGAAGCGACAAGGACCUAGCGCUCGCACUCCGAGAGCACUACGACCAGCUCAACCGACGGUGGUUCAAUUGGGCUCGUCUUCGCGGGCUGACGACCAUCGAGUUUGUUCAAUUCGAAGUCCAUCGCAAUCGCUUCGCCGAUAUACGUGCGACGCCGUCUAUGCCGCCCAAGUCCGCUGCGUCUUCAGCUUCGACCAGCGAGCCAGAGAAGUCUGCAGCGCCGUCUCAGCAUCCGUAUACCUUCGAGCCCAACGACCUCCUGCCGCCUGUUGGCAGCACGUAUCUCCUCCAUUUGUUCAAGCACCCGCAGGACUAUGAGGGCGAGCUGAUCACGUAUCUUCGCAGUCCGAAACGACGACAGCGGUUGGAGUUCGGUAUGGGGUGGGGCGUUCAUCUCGUGGAGGGGUUUCUUGCGCAGCGCGUGUGGGCAGUGAUGAUGGGCGUUUGCGGCUUGGGAAGUACGGUCUUCGCGAUUCUGUGGACGGUUAGGAAGGGCGACGUACAGGGUGCCUUUGGGGUUGCGCAGUGGGUGUUGGGUAUUGCUGUUUUGCUGGUUGGCGGCCUGCAGGCUUGGUUGGAGUAG